AGGGGCCAGCCUUGCCAAAUCGAGAACAUAAAGGUUUACGUGGCCUGACGAAGGAGAUUUCCAUCGUGUGAUAAUGGGAAACAAAGACGGCUUAAAAAGAUGUAUGAUGUGUGGCCUUGGAGUAGUUUUCUGUUCCAGGCCAGAGGCUGGUCAGGAUCCACCCCCAGUGCUGGACUCGGUUCUUAGCAGUACUUCUCUUUCCAAGACACCCUCCUGUCAGUAUGCAGGGGACCAGGGGCUCUUCCCGUCCUCCUUGUGUUAGGAAAGCCCCAAGCCCGUGUUUAGGCAACCAAGGCGGACAUUUCUAGGCUCCACUCCCUUAAUCUCCUCAUUGAAAUUCAGGAAGCCGUGUGCCUGCCCCUGGCUGAAGUGCGGUUUGGCUGAGCUUUUGUUCCAUUUAUGAAUAGUUCUUGCUGGAAGUCCAUCACCCAGAGGCCAGCUCUCCCCACAGCCGGACAACAGCAGAGUGGCAUGCCUGUUUCCAGGGCCAUGACACGGGAGGGGCAGUUCAGGGAGGAGUUGGGCUAUGACCGGAUGCCCACACUGGAGAGAGGUCGGCAGGACACAGGACGGCAGGACGCAGGCAGCUACACACCCGACUCAAAGCCGAAGGACCUGCAGUUGUCCAAGAGGUUACCCCCGUGCUUCAGCUACAAGACAUGGGUAUUCUCUGUGUUGAUGGGGAGCUGCCUUCUUGUGACCUCUGGGUUUUCGCUCUACUUGGGGAACGUGUUCCCCUCCGAGAUGGAUUAUUUGCGCUGUGCAGCAGGCUCCUGCAUCCCCUCAGCAAUCGUGAGCUUCGCUGUUGGGAGGAAAAACGUCAGUGCGAUUCCCAACUUUCAGAUAUUGUUUGUUUCCACGUUCGCUGUUACCACGACGUGUCUAAUCUGGUUUGGCUGUAAACUGAUCCUGAAUCCGUCAGCAAUAAACAUUAAUUUCAACCUCAUCCUGCUCCUGCUGUUGGAGCUCCUCAUGGCAGCCACAGUGAUCAUCUCCGCACGGUCCAGUGAGGAGUCCUGCAAGAAGAAGAAGGGUUCCAUCUCGGAUGGCACCAACAUUCUGGAUGAAGUGACUUUUCCUGCUCGGGUCCUAAAAUCCUACUCUGUGGUAGAAGUAAUUGCUGGUGUCUCCGCUGUCCUUGGGGGAGUAAUCGCUCUAAAUGUAGAUGAAGCUGUCUCAGGCCCACAUCUUUCAGUGACAUUCUUUUGGAUUCUAGUGGCUUGUUUCCCAAGUGCCAUUGCCAGCCAUGUGACAGCAGAGUGUCCCAGCAAGUGUCUGGUGGAGGUGCUGAUUGCCAUCAGCAGCCUUACAUCCCCACUGCUGUUCACCGCCUCUGGAUACCUGUCCUUCAGUGUGAUGAGAAUCGUGGAGAUUUUUAAAGAUUACCCACCAGCCAUCAAAUCCUAUGAUGUGCUGCUCCUGCUCUUGCUGCUGGUGCUGUUGCUUCAGGGGGGCCUCAACACUGGCACAGCCAUCCAAUGUGUGAGCUUCAAGGUCAACGCCCGGCUACAGGCUGCAUCCUGGGAUGCCCAGACCUGUCCCCAGGAGCGCCCAGCAGGGGAGGUGGCCAGAAGCCCCCUGAAGGAGUUUGACAAGGAGAAAGCCUGGAGAGCUGUGGUGGUACAAAUGGCCCAGUGACUACAGGACAGGGAGGCCGAGUCUUGGUGUCUGCCUGGCCUCCGGCAUGUUCAACCGUACAGACUCUAACCAUCCUGCAACAACUGCUUUCUAACACUCUUUCCCUCCUGUGAGGGCCGGCCAGGCUGCUGCAUGGUUUUCACUUUCUGUAGUGGUUUAACUUUGGAACAGGCGAACGUUGAAGGUUGUGCCCUGUCGGGAGGGUCAGAUCUGUACUUCCCAGGUGACCCUGCUGGCCUAGGUCAUCCUUGUUCUCCAGCCCUCUUCACUCCCCGAUUUGAUCCUUACUCACACAUAGGGCCUGAUAUUUUGGCCUCAGGGCAUUCCCCUGCCUCCGCAUGCUUGCCGCAGUGCGGGGAUAGUUUGACUGUGAGAGUCACUUUGGCUUUGGUGAAAAUCAUGGCCAACAGAUGGUUUGUAUACCACCCCCCAAACCCCAGAGAUCACCGGGAUUCUCUCAACUGACAAGAGCACCGAGGAAUCCACAGUGAGUUGGGCCCCUUGUAAAACUGAGAACCGUUUUAGGAACUGCUUUCCUGCCUGUGCACUUUCACUGAAUCUGUUUUGUUCUUCCGGGAGGUGAGCGGCAAUGUUCCUUACUGAGCUGGGGUGUAUCAGUGGGUUCCAAGGAGGCUAAUGGAAAGACGAGAGGUGCAUUUUGUGCCCCCCAAAGAGCUGCCAGGGCCAGGGAGAUAAUGAAAACCCUUCUAGACUUCUUACUAAAUGCACAUGACCCUGACUGCCAGGACUCAUGAAAAGUGCAGUUGUUAUUUUUAGUCAGAGAAACGCAAGUAAGGCACCUGGAAGGUAGAAAGUCCGAAGCCAAGCAGCUCCAUCUCCAGCCUUGGGGAGUCCCGGUCCUAUCUUCAUCCUCUACGGCUCCAGAGGGCUGGGGCCUGCACCACAUUAGCACCAGGAGAGGUCCUCCGGCCUGCAUAUGUGCAGAGCCCUCCAGGCUUUGGGCCUGCUGCAGCUCGGCUGCACAUUGUUGGGUAGAGAGGGAGCCGAGGGGAAACUGGGGUGGCAAGCCAUCUGCGAGGAGACCGGAGACUUGAAUGUUCAGGACCAGAAUGGGGCAGCGGGAGAUUGCUGCUGGCUUGCACUUUCUAAUUUUAGAGAGCUUAAAAAACAACUCAUAUAAAUGGGGUCUAAAAAUUGUCACUUGUAUACUUUUGUUUGGUAUAGUUUAAUAUGCUUGGGCAAUAAAUGCUAACAUGCAAAUGUGAUCAUAGCCUGUUAAAUGCUUCUGAAAAGAAAGAAAGAAAACAAACAAACCAAAAAACCAGGGAUGAGAAGUAGGACCUUUUGAGUGGAAAGCCAUUUUUAAUUUAUUCUUUGAUGUGUAUGGUGAGUAAAGCCUGGAUCACCAGUCAGGGAGAAGCCUCCUACACCUGAGAGCAAGACCUAUGAAAUAAAGAUGCCUUUGAUCCA